AUGACGGGCAAUUCUAAUGAUAAGGUGAACCCGGACUUUUGUCGAGUUUGCCGAUGUGAGGGGACUGCUUCGAAACCUCUAUUUCAUCCUUGUUUGUGCACUGGGAGUAUUAAAUAUAUUCAUCAAGAUUGCCUCAUUCGUUGGCUUGAGUAUAGUAAAAGAAAUACUUGUGAAUUAUGUAAUCAUCGGUUUGCUUUCACUCGAAUUUAUGCAUCUGACACUCCACGAUUUCUGCCGCUCACCGUGUUGGCUGUGGGACUGGCCAACAGCUUGCGUCGAUUUGUACUAAACUGGAUUCACUUGUCGAUUGUCUUCACUGCAUGGUUGGUUGUAGUUCCUUUAUCUGCCUGUCGCAUGUACCGUUGUCUUUUUACUGGUAGCGUUUUCUCACUCCUCACACUUCCAUUAGACAUGGUUUCCACAAAACACUUGUUACAAGAUUGUGUUCAGGGUUUCAUUAUUGUAAUCUUUGCAUUGGCCGCAUUUUUGGGUUAUGUUUCAUUGCGAGAACAACUUCUCCAAGGAACACCAGCAUGGUUGGAACGUGAUGCUCAUGCAGAAGCUCGUGGUGCUGAUCCUCCCCAUCCUCCUCGUCCUGCCGCUGGGGUCAAUGGUAGGCGACCUCUAUUUCCGGAUAUUUUCAAUAUUUUUGGUGUUGCAAAUGGUGGUGGUUUAGGUGCUGCAGUUUUCGGUGAAGGCAACGAAGAUCCUGUUGAACCUGAAAUAUUUAACAAUGAUGAACAGCAUCAUCAGACUGUUCAACAAGAAUUAGUGAAUUCUGAACAUAUCACGUGUUCCUCUCUAAAUCAACAACAACCGGUGAUUAACAGUGGUAUCUCAGAAACGUUAGAGCCUUCACAUGAAUCGGCAGAUACUGUAAAUCGUGGAUCAUCAUCUAAUCCACAACAAUUGGCUUGGUAUAUGGAAAAUACAGGAGUUAAUUUAGAGGGGGAUAUUCCUGACGAAGAUGGUAGAGCCAAUAACGAUCCAGCAGAUGCAGAUGGUGCGCCAGAAGCUAUGAAUUGGAAACAUUUAUUGGGUCUAGAUGGAUCUUUAAAUUUUCUGGAACACGUUUUGUGGCUUAUUGCUUUAAAUACUUUGUUUAUUGUCAUAUUUGCCUUUUGUCCAUAUCAUAUGGGUCAGUUUACUGUGUUGGGAUUCAAUUUGGAGCGUUUUAUUAAUGCAACUCACAUGGAAGGGUUUAGUACAAGUUUAAUUGGUUACAUUAUUUUCGCUUUUGCUUUGAUUCUUAUGCAUGAAGUAUUCGCUAUUCUCAAUAUGCCUCGAUGUUAUCAUCUUACUCAGGAUGAAACCAUCCAACUUAAUCCACAAUAG